AUGGCCACCUCCGGUAUUAAUCAAAAUGUAGCAUGCUCCCGUCGACCAAUCCCAAGAGAUGAGGAAACGCGAAAAAAAGCAAUGAGAGUUAUCGAUGCACAGUUUGAUCUAGAAAUUUUAUUAAGACAACGUGAAUUACAGAAAAUAAAAGAAGAAUUGAAAAAAUCCGAAAUAUAUCUUGAAACCUUGAGACAUUGCAUUUUAGAACCUCCUUCAAAUUCUUCAAGUUCGCACCGAACUUCGACACUUAAUGCCAGUACUUAUAGUGAAAAUUUAGGAGUUGCUUCGUUGACUCCGACGCGUCAUUCAACGCGUAAAAUUUAUUCUACCAGAGAUAAUGAUUAUUUUUAUUACGAUCCAUGUAAAGAUCUAUACUCACGUAGGAAUGAUGGAACUUUUGUGAGAUUGGCAUGUCCAAAAUGUCAUCGCUCAAAAUUCAUCAACGUGCAAGGAUUUCUCAAUCACUGUCGUCUGUCACAUAGGAUCGAAUUUCCUAAUCAUGAGGAAGCUCUUUUAAAAUGUGGCACUCCAGUGGAUGAGAGUUUAAUACCGCCAGGGCAUCCAGCUAGAUCAAGAAUUAUCACUAGGCCACCAUCUCUUCGUACAAUAUUGGGUAAAUCAAAUCUAUCGACAAGUCGUACAAGGGAUUUUAAUGAUGGAAAAAAUAGCGAAAAUAGGCCAACUAUCAAAGUAUUUGAAGAAGAAAUUGAUCUUGGAUUGGAUGAGUUAUCUAAUGGAGCUGAAAUUAACGAUUCUAACGAAGCUCCACUAGUUCAGAAAUUACCUAGUAAUAAUGAAAUAACAUCCUAUUCAGAGAAUUCGCCAUCCUUAUUAUGUCACAUAUCUGAUCACAUUACAAAGAUAUCGGAAGAUCAUCCAAUGUUAGGUUCUCCUGAUGGAUCGGAUUCGGAUUAUUCGUCAGAUAUUGAUGAAGGUGAUACGGGCACAACUACAAUCUCUGCUACCUGUACAAUACCAGCAUGUACGAGCGUUUUUGAUCCCAUAGAUCAUGGAUCUCGAUUUUACAUUAAGCGACGUAUUGUUGUUGGAAAUGUUUCAAAAUGGAUUAAUCCAGAAAAAAGGGAUUCAAGUCUUAGAAAGUAUACACACAAAUGGAUGGUUUAUGUUACUGGACCACCACACGAUUUGAAUAUUACUCCAUUUAUACGGAGAGUUCGCUUUUUCCUUCAUCCAAGCUAUCGACCAUUAGAUGUAGUUGAUGUAACUGAACCACCUUUUCAGCUCACCAGAUUUGGAUGGGGCGAAUUUCCGAUACAAAUCCAAAUAAUAUUUGUAGAUAAUAAAAACAAGCCGGUUGAUCUAAUUCAUAAUCUUAAGCUUGACAAUAUUCAUAAUGGAAAGCAACAACUUGGCAAUGAGCGUGCAUUUGAUCUUGAAUUGGACAGAAACACUCAAUUCAUUGACCCAAAAGCAGAAGGACCUAUUAAUCAUACAAUAAAUAUAGUUCGAGAUAUUCCUAAACAAGACAUAUCGGAAACAAACAAUGCUUUAAUUGAAACGGACGCUAAAGAGUCAUUACAGAAAGAAAAAAGCAAUGAUAGGCUUGAUUCUGAAAUUAUGAAUGCUUUAGAACCGCUAUUAAAUAAAGCGGUUAAAAAUUUCUCUUCAAUAACAGGUUUUCAAGUAACAUGGUGUAAAUGCUGUGGCUGUCCAGAAUCCUGGCACGAAAUUAACACUAGUACAUCUAAAAGCGUUAGUGUUCCAGUUUCUCCCUACAAAUGCAAACGAAGGCCACAUUUUUUAGAGACUAAAAAAACUAAAUUAUGUAGUCUCACAUUGGUACAAGAUUUCUCAGAUGAGCUAUAUCAAGAUAAAGUUUUAUCAGGCAAUGAGUCUAUAAAUACAUGUAAUGAAGAUAGCAAUUUGAACAAUAAUGGAAUAUCAGUUGAGUUGGUCAAAAAUAUGAGUGAGCUUAAGGACUGGUACACGUUUAAUCCGCAAGGCAUUGAUUGGAUAUGGGACGUAGUAGGUCAAUUAAAAUUAGAUGGCGUAGUUGCUACCAAAUUAAUCAAAUAUGAUGGGAAAAUUGAAGUGGAGGAUGGUGACAUUAACGUUGCUAUACAGCAACGCUUGGAAACAGGAAAUUUGAUAUUCCAAUUGACCAAGAUAUUCCUGAAGGAUUUGGUUAAUAAAGCCAUAAAUGUAUACAAGUCUGAACAACUAGAUGAUCCAUUCACACCUGAAAUCAAUUGGUUUAGUAGAUCAGCGCUUGACAGUCGUUACAAUUCAUAUCGGCAACGAAUAAAAAAGAUACUUGUACCAUAUCAUUUCUAUCAAGCAAUACAAGCAAAUUUGAAUACAUUUGAUUUCUUGAAUGGCGAAGGUUUAGCGUCUGACAAAAAAAAGAUACAAGAAUGA